AUGUAGUUGAAUCCGAAGAUCAGUGUGUCCCUAUUUGCGGUGUGAGAUGGAGCAGAACAAAGAAAGCACAGUGGCAAGUCUGCAAGCUGUGAAGCGUGAGAGUGGGAAGUCAUACAAUCAAUUAGCGAAGGAGACAGGGCUCACCAAUGUCUAUGUUGCUCAGCUUCUCCGGAGACAGGCUCAGCUCAAACCCGACACUGCCCCUCGUCUGCGGGAGGCGCUGCCCGACCUGACCGAAUACCUUAUGCGGGAGAUGAUGAGACCCCCUUUGAGAUCUUACGAUCCCAGUCUUAUCCAAGACCCCACUGUUUAUAGGUUGAAUGAAGCUGUAAUGCAUUUUGGGGAGAGCAUCAAAGAGAUAAUCAAUGAGGAGUUUGGUGAUGGGAUCAUGUCAGCAAUAGAUUUCUACUGCUCAGUUGACAAAAUUCAAGGAGUGGAUGGGAAGGAUCGUGUGGUAGUGACAUUUGAUGGGAAAUAUUUGCCUCAUUCGGAACAGAAAUCUGAGCACAUGCUUUCAAGACCAAGACCACAGGGGAAACAAUGAGUAUCAUAAAAGAAGGACCAACUGCGAAAUCUUCAAGAUAUGUAUAACUGCACAUGUUGUAUUUGGUGACUGCUAUUCUGUGUUGCCAACAGAGAGACAAUGGAAGAGAAAAAUAAAAAUUUUAUGCUAUGGUUUGUGGUAGGAGAUUUCAUGGCACUUGGAUCAUAGAUUUUAAUGUCAGAAACUUGGUAAGAUGCAGAAGUUUGUAUUGUACAUGGUUGAGUAUGUCAAACAAACGUAAUAAUAUUCAUUUUAUCCAUCUCUAUUA